GAUGGGUCCAUUGAAAUGAAUACAGGUCAACAUUGGCGCAGUCGCGGAAACCGGAAACUAAACUGCAGAUGAUUGGGCGAUAAUAAUUUAGUUACAGGUAGAGACGGAUCGGAGGCAACCGCCGGGCGGAUCUGGAAAAUCUUCCAUAUCCCGUAAUCCCCAGCCUAAUCGAUCUUGACGAACAAGUGCAGGGAGAUCCGCCAAGGCGAUGGCCGGGAGAGUUGUGCUGGAGGGAAGCCUUGGCUCGCCGGCGUCCGCCGUAGCCGGCAUGCUGAGGCAGCUGGUAGACACGGCCGCCGAGACGGCCAGGCUUGCUGCCGGCGCGGAGGCGGCCCUGCUGGUCAACGCCAACGCCGACCGCAGCGCGGGCAUCAGGAAAUGGCUCCAGGAGCGCUGGGUCGCCAUGUACAAGCUGGACGACGCGCUCGACGACUACAACAGCAGCGUGGCGAGGCAGCAUCAGCAGCAGCCUGCGGAGGAGGCUAGAAGAUCAAUCCGCCAUUGGUUUCGGUCAUCAUCAAGUGCUGUCCAUGAGGUUGAAACCAGGAGAUUAAAAACUACUGUUGAGGUGCUGUUUAAGGAAAUGAAUGACAUUUUACAGAAGUGGCAUGAACUAGAUCUUCAACCAAUCAAUUCGACAAGACAGAGCUUGAACUCAGAAUUUCUUGGUGACCUGACACCAUAUCAUGAUAUCAUAGGUGAUGUAGUUCAACUACAAGUGACGAAUCUGAUAAGCAUACUAACCGACAAACAAAGCACUAAUCAAAGCAGUAGCCACCUUGUCAUGAUAAUUGGUUGCAGGGGAGCUGGCAAGACAACAUUGGCACGGAAAGUAUUUGAUGACCCCCGCACUAGAAGUGCUUUUAGUUUGGUUCUAUGGGUACGCAGCUCGAAAGAUUUCAAUGAUAUGGGGUUGUUAUCUGCCAUUGCAAGUGCUGCUGGCAUCAAGGCUGGGGAAGGCGGAAGUAGUAGGGAGAAAAUUGAGGAAAUGUUGGCCUCUAUACUCGAAGGAAAGAGAAUUCUGCUGGUCAUAGAUGAUGUAUGGAGUCGCCAAAUUCAUGGAAGUUACCUAGAGACUUGCUUUCCUGUCCAACACGGAAGCCGAAUUCUGAUGACCACUGGGGACGAAAGUGUUGCUGAACAUGUGAACUCUGUUCACACCCAUAAAGUAAAGGAAUUGUCUAUCUCUGACCGUUUGACUUUGCUUAGCAGAAGUGCUUGCCUCGAUGAAAAAAAGCUCGACACAUCCAUGAAGGUAAUUGGGAUAACACUUGUUCAAAAGUAUGGCAAGGUGCCAUUGGCUAUCAAGGUUAUAGGUGGUGUCCUACGAAUGAAGGACCGACCGUAUGAGGAAUUGAAGGAGGUGAGUACUAAAUGUGACGGAUGGUCUUCUGCUGACAUCCCGGAUGGCACGAAGGACAUAGCAGGGCCUAUCCGCAUGGCCUACAAUGACUUGCCAUCUCACUUGAAGCAGUGCCUCCAGUACUGCUUGCACCUGCCGGAAGACUCCACGAUUAGCAAGCUUAAUGUCACCCGGCUGUGGAUAUCAGAGGGCUUCAUUGAGGAACAAGAGGACUGCAGCCCAGAAGAUACCGCUGCCGAGUAUUACGAGGAAUUGGUUCUGAGGAACCUUCUGGAACCAGAGAUUGAAUCACCUGACAUGCCAAGAUGCAGAAUGCAUGAUUGUGUCAGGACCAUUCUGCAAUCCCUUACGAAGGACUUGUGGACUGGAAACUGCAGAUUGAAUUUCACUUCCACUCAAGAAAUGGUAACAAUAUCACGCUUCAGGACAGUAAUUUUGUAUAGGAACCCAUUGGGCGAUCGUGUUUUUGAUCAGGUGUUCAAGGAGAUGAAACAUUUGAGAGUGCUAGACCUUAGUAAUACCAGAAUUAGGCACAUUCCAGGAUCAUUGGAACCUCUAUUUCACCUUAGGUUCUUGAAUCUUUCAUCUACAGAUAUCACAGCGCUCCCGGAGUCUAUUGGGAACCUAAAAAACCUAAAGUUCCUGGUCCUCCAAUGGUGCUAUAGGUUUCAUUCACUUCCAGAUGGAAUAAGUAAGCUGCACAACUUGCGGACCCUUGAUCUCGAAGGGACGGCACCACUUCUGGUGCUACCAAGAUUAGCAGGCCUGGAGCAGCUAACAACACUUCAUGGAUUUAUAGUGAACUCCAAAGCUGCUUCAACUGAGAAAGAUACAAGCGGGUGGCCUUUGGAAGACCUGAUAUAUCUAAAUUCACUGCAAAGUCUGCAGAUAGUGAAAAUAGACAGAAUUCAUGAGGAACAUCUGAACUUGCAAAGACCGUUGUUGUCAAGGAAGUCUUACCUAACACAGCUUGAGCUAUGUGGCAGCACAAGGAAGGUCCAUGAAGUAGCAAAGGAAGAAAACAAAAGGCUCAACGAUGUGCUCAACAGCCUUCGACCUCCACAGUGCCUGGAGUCCCUGAAAAUAGUGAGCUUCAACGGGCAAUCGUUUCCUAACUGGAUCCAGAAUCUCCCAAACCUCAAGCGGCUUGUCAUUGCUGAUUGCGAAUUCUGUGAGUGGCACCCGGCUCUGGGACAGCUACCACAGCUGAAGACGCUAGAGGUUUCUUGCUGUUCGAAGCUGCGCGCCAUCGAGCGGGGAGGAACAGGUCCGACCCAAGCAUUUCCGAAGCUAGAGCAGCUGCAUCUGGAUGACAUGGGGAGCCUCGAGUCAUGGGAAGGAUUUGAAACUGGUGACCUGCCUUCCCUGGUGAAUUUCCAUGUGGAGAGAUGCCCAAAGCUGAGAUCCCUCCCCUCUUGCCUCAGGUGCUCCACGCUGCUCACAAGCAUGCGCGUCGUCUCUGCUGACAGCAUCGAGGCGAUCCAUAGCGUUAGCAACCUCAAAAACUUGUUCGUCCAAUACAGCAAGAGGCUUUCUUGCAUCUCUAAUCUGCCAUCACUUGAGGCCUUGACAGUCGUCGAUUGCUCAGGAUUGCAAGAUGUAAGUGGGCUGGGACAUGUGAAGCACCUACGCAUCGAGGAUGGAGAACUGAAAAGCCUUCCAGAUUGGCUGGGAAAGCACGGCUCCGCUCCAGAAACACUUGCCGUCGUUGGCAGAGAGGAACUGCUUCGAAGCUUGGUUCCCGGUGGCAAAGAUUGGCCAGCCAUCAGUGGCAUCGGCAAGGUAUACGGUUACUUGUCGGACGGCUCCCCCUUUUUCACGUACUCAAAGAUCACCAAUGAGUUGGAAACGUUCGGGAACCGAAAACUCGAUGUGAGCUCAGUGGCCGUGCAUGGGUCAAAGAAUUGGUCACCGAAGAUUUGGAAAGCGAUGCCUUCAGCGGCUGUGCUAGUAGCUAUUUCUCUAGUUCCUUUUCUGCUGCCGACAAGAUAUAUGGAUUUCGUUCCAAACACAGUCUAUUUUUUCUUCUUAGCAUACAUGGCAAUGUUAGUUGCCUUUAUUUGUGUACUACGCACCUUAUAAUCGGUGAGGGCUAAGUUCAAGGACCUCUUCAGCAGUACAUGUUGCUGCCUCAAGAGCUUCAACAGUUCCUAUAAAUGUUGCUGCUUAUAUUACUACUGUUCAUAAA